CGACGAAGCGGCGUGGAGACUGUCAUAUCAAGGCUUAGUAUGCAGUUGGUAUCAUCGUCAAGCCUUUCGCAGCUCAACCAUGCUGCUCUUCCUGGGGCGCGCACGACAGUAGCGAGCUGCUCAGCCUUCCCCUCUCAUGCAAGCCACCUCGAGUAGUCCCGCACUUUCCCACCUCGGUUAUCUCUAAUACAAGAGGUCCACUCCCGCACCGGGCAGGAUCAGAUGUCCCGCACUUCUCACAAACCCACACUCCCUCUCUGACAUGAUGCUCUGCGACAACGACGCGGCUUGGGGCCCAGGCAGCUCUUGCCGGUCCCUCGACUUCACCAUUCACUUUGAGCAAAGUAUCCUUCUCGUGCUUCCCAACGCUAUCUUCAUCGCUGCCGCCUUCUUGACCGUACUCUACACGAUCUAUGCGCGGCCUCAGAAAGCAGCUCCCUCGACUCGGGCUUCCUUGCUUUACCUCGCAAAGCAACUGCUGGCAGUAACAACUAUCGUCGCAGCAAUCAUCUCCCUUGCAACGCUUCCCGGACCAUCUGCAGCUUGGCCUAGAUCCACGGUCCUCGCCAGUCGCUGUUUAACGUUGAUCUCAGCUCUGUUGGCAAUCCCGGUCAUAGACUGCCUCCACGCUCGGGUAGACGGUGUCCCUCAUCGCCCACGGACGCGGCUUAUUGGGUCCUAUUUCUUCCAACUACUUGGCCAUGCGACCUUUUUGCGGACAUCGCACAUCGUGGGCAUCAGACGCAGCGACUUUGUCGUCGAGAUCAUAUUAGCGGUCUUGCUAGGCACUUCUCUCUUGCUCGAGUCGACUGGUACGCUGAUCCCACUUGAGCACACAGAGACUACCACAGCAUUCAAUCCUGAAGAUCGCUGGGGUCUCCUGGGUACCACGUCUCUCGCUUGGAUGUACCCAAUGCUCAUCUCUGGCAUGCGGAGACCAUUGGAGUGGAGCAAUCUCUACCCUUUGCAAGCACAUCUCGAUGCUUCUAGCGCAAACGAGAAGCUCACAGCACAGUGGCAAGGGCAGAACAGUUACCCACCCCCGUCGACUGGUCCCGCUACAGUCGGUCCGGCUUUACGAUUCAUGGCCAAAUUUGCACGAGCCUUUCCUCUGGUCUUUCUCGCACCAAUUCUUCCUCGUAUCAUCUAUCUGGUGACCGAGUUGCUGCAGCCGCUUGCCAUUGACCGCAUGGUUGACUUCGUCUCCGAUGAAGGAAGUAUUGACGCGCAACGUCCUUGGGCUCUUGUGGCAGGCGUUUCUCUCCUCUACCUGGUGCUAGCCGCUUCCAAUGCGGUCUUCUACUACCAUGUCAAUCGCGCCGUCUUGGCCUUCAGAGCUGCCGCCGUCUCAACAAUAUUCCAGCGCAUGAUCGAAGAAGAGACCUUUGCGACGGAUUCCGACAGCUCAUCGGCACCCGUCUCACCAGCUACUCUGAUGAGCGUGGACAUCGAGAGGGUGGUGGAAGCCCUUCAGCUCGUUCAUGACCUAUGGGCCGCUUUCCCCACUAUGGGGGUCAGUUUCUGGCUUCUCUACCAGCGAGUUGGGCUUGCCGUAGUACCAUGCAUAGGGACUAUAGUACUGACGCUGACGACAACCUCGGUACUAGCUCGACCUAUCGCUGCUCGACAGAAGCGAUGGUCCGACGCUACAGCGGAGAGGGUCGACUUCACCUCGUCUUUCCUGCUGAACCUCAAGUCUAUCACCCUUGGAUGCUACCAAUCCUACUUUCAACGGCGCUCGUCAAGCUUGCGCUCAGCAGAAACAGAGGCAGUGAAAGGCUACUACGCGCGCCUACUCCUCAUUGCCACUCUUGCAAUCUCAGCCUCUCUCAACACUACCUUUGUCACUUUUGCAAGUGCCUGGGCUUUGGCCAAAGCCGGCCUCAUCGAGCAAUUGACCACGGCCUCCAUAUUUUCCGCACUGGCGAUUAUUCAGAUUAUUGGCGGGCCACUUGCCUCCAUCGGACAGCAGGCGCCCGUGGUCUUUGGCGCUACCUCGAGCAUGGCUAGAAUAGGAGAAUAUCUAGACCGUGGAGCAGCCCGCGAGCGUGAGAAAGCUAGGGAGCACGCUAUGCCGUCCAGUGUCUCUAUAAUCUGCUCUGCAAUCGACCAGCACGUUGGCAAGCAGUCUUCGGCAUCGUCUAUACGCGUUGUUCAUCUAGUCGGAGGCGGAGCUACAGGCAAGACGACAGCACUCCGCUCUGUAUUGCAACGCUAUCGUCAGAAAUUUUCGAUUGCGUAUGCUGCCCAACGUACUGCACUCUUCGAGUCAGCCUCCAUUCGGGACAACAUCAAGUUCGCCUUGUCAGCGGGUGCAGCACAAGGAGCCAAUAGAAGCGAUGAAGCGGACCCGCGCCUUGCUGCUUGCAUCACUCUUUGUUGUCUGGAUAAAGACAUUCAAGGGCUAGACGAGGGGAUCGAUACGCCUAUCUCUACCUUGAGCGGUGGACAGAAGCAAAGAGUAGCUCUGGCGCGAGCUCUUUACUCUCAUGCGCCACUUCUUGUGCUUGACGACGUGGUUUCUGCUCAAGACGCUAUCACCGCCGCCACAAUCCUGCACAAUCUUUACAUCGCACCGUCGCCUAUCCUGUCGGGGCGCCUGAUGCUAUAUGCUUCCCAUAGCAUCAAUCGAUACGAUGGUUCGGGGGGCACAUUCCUUGCGCGGCGUGAUGGCGAUCAAGUCUUUACAAUCGAAAGUCUGCAGCUAGACCAGAUUGCAGCUAUUUCUGCUGCACAGGCUCUGAGCCUCAACACGGGUAAUUCUAAGGAGUCUACAGUAGGAGAAUCGGAUGCGCCGAGAUCUAGUGCUAUGGUCAACGAGGCUCCUCACUCAUCGCGUCUUGGCCUGAGGCCGUAUAGAUUCUUUCUGACCCUGUCUCCCCGUCUCGGUGUCACAGUCUUCGUUGUAACCAGCUUGAUGGCUGUUGGCUGCCAUUUCGGCCUUCGAUUCGUCCUUCAACAGUGGGCUAGUCUCACACCAGCAGGUAGCCUACCCCAGCCGGGGCUGUACAUUCCUCUCAUGGCCGCCAUCCUUCUGGGGGCGAAUGUCACUCUAUUUGUCAGCCUUCAAGCCCAUAUGGUGGGCACUUCACCCACUACCGGUCUCAGGAUCCACAAUCGUUGCAUGGCUACCGUCCUCUCCAGUGUCAAGGCUAUAGAAUUCUCUCCGCAUCAAGUGAUCAACCGCUUUGCGCGUGACUUGUUUAUAGUCGACUAUGAAUUCCCUCUAGCUCUGCUCGACACUUUCAUCAAUGGUCUGGUCAUCGUUGCUGAGCUGGCAACACUGGUAGCUGCUCUGCCGGUUUUCGGCGCGGUGAUACCGGUCAUCGUCGCAGCCGUGUAUCUUGUGCAGCUAUUGUACUUGCGCUCAUCUCGGCAGGUACGAUCUAUGGAACUGGAAUCCCAGACGUCCCUAUUUGCUCUGUUCUCCGACGUUGCCAAUGUCAGGGAUACGAUACAGUCCCUCCACAUCACCAAAAACUUUUCUCGUCGAUGCCAUGCCAUCCUGGAUCACACCCAGCAGCCCUUCUAUGCUCGUCUUUCGAUGUUGCGUUUUCUGAGAGUAUCGCUCUUCAUCCUCACCUGGCUCAUCACAACCAUCGUGGCCUCCCUCGCGGUACGGUUGCGUGCUUCCAUCUCUCCUGCUCUACUUGGUCUGGCACUGGCCAACAUCACGCAGCUUUCCGGCGACCUCAAGUACUCUGUGAUGUCGUACACCAACCUCGAGACGUCUGCCGUUGCUGUCGACCGGUUGCGGAAGCUGGUCGGUGAGGCCGAGAGCCAAGGUCACGAGCAGGUUGGUGAUGCCACCGACUUACUGCCCCUUAUCGACCCGGGUCGGUCCGCAACGGCUUUGAAAUUCUCGGACGUAUCGAUGCGCUACAACUCCACGUCAUCCUUGACCCUACGCGGUGUCUCCUUCUCCAUUCCUCGCAACUCUCGAACAGGUAUAUGCGGACGCAGUGGCUCCGGAAAGUCCUCUCUGAUGAUGACGAUGCUGCGUGGCGUCCCAGACGAGCUCUGUGGAGGUGUUCGUUCCCUGUACGGCUCUCUUGCUGACCAGACCAGCUUGGAGGGAUGGCGCAGACGCUUUUCAUACGUCCCGCAGGAGCCCGUUGUUUGGAAGGGAACAAUUCGCAGUCUACUCACCCUGAGCGAAGAUAAAGGAGAGGGUGCGAUACAUCCAGACGUCAACCUGUGGGAAGUUCUGGACGCGGUUGAUCUAGGGGAUCGGGUGCGUGCAGCCCCUGAAGGACUCGAGGCAAUGUAUGGUGCUUUGCAGAAGAUGGAGAAGCAAGCCGAAAACAGUCAAAGGAAUGCAGCAGAAAGCAGUGCCAGUGCCAGUGCCAGUGCAGCGGCUGCUACGGCGACAGCAGCCGCCGCUACCUCAAGCGGACCUACGACAGUCUACCUCUCACGUGGCGAGACUCAAUUGCUGGCCUUUGCUCGAGUACUCCUCGAGCGUGACCGACCGAUCCUCCUUCUCGACGAAGCCACCUCUAGCCUCGACGAAGAGGCGGAGAAGAUUGUCACUGAUGUGGUAAUGCAUCACCCUCUCUUGGCGGAACGGACCGUAGUGGCUAUCUCCCACCGUAUUGCCUUCAUUGCCAACUUCGACCAAAUCGUCCUUCUUGAUUCUGGCCGGGUGAGAGAGGCAGGGGACCCGAAGGUGUUGAUGCAGCAGGACUCGGCGUUUGGUCAGUUGGCCAAGCUGCAGGAGGUGGGUAGCGAGUGAGUGAUUGAGUGGACUGGCGAUGCAGACCCGGUCGACUGGUGCCUACUGCAGAGAAGUACUUAGACCGAUUUCUGGGGCGGUCGAACAGCAAUGUUCUCGUAUCAUAAGCCAGAGGUAGCUAUUGGGGUAUACUCUUUUGCUCGAUUGAAAGUUGUUGUUGAUGCAUUGAAAGUAUAAUUUGUCCCACUCAACCGGCCAUGAGGUUCUUCUUGAAGAAGGCCAAAUAGUCCCUUGUAGCCUUGUCGUAUGCUUCUCCGAUAUAAAUAUCAAAAUGUCCCAUGUCUUCAUAGAGCUUAACCUCACCC